GCCUGCCAGCAGGGACAUAACCGCCACCUGCGGUGAGCACUCGCAGUGUCAUAAUUAUAUGAUGCCAUCCCUUAUGUGCUUCAUUUCCACUGUAGGCGUUCAUCAGAGUUGAAGGUGGACCGACAUCACACGAACUUCACUAUUAAUACCUGAAUUCGCCUGCUUCGACUCAAAUCUUCAAAAUGCGCGAAGUUAUAUCCAUCCAUGUCGGCCAAGCUGGUUGUCAGAUCGGCAAUGCCUGCUGGGAGUUGUAUUGCUUGGAGCACGGUAUCCAGCCUGAUGGCCAGAUGCCCAGUGACUUGACUAUCGGAGGUGGCGACGACUCCUUCAACACCUUCUUUAGUGAGACUGGUGCUGGCAAACACGUCCCAAGAGCUAUCAUGAUCGAUUUGGAACCAUCAGUGAUCGAUGAGGUCCGAAGUGGAACCUAUCGCCAGCUCUUCCACCCUGAGCAGCUCAUCAGUGGUAAGGAAGAUGCCGCCAACAACUACGCCCGUGGUCACUACACGGUUGGGAAGGAGUACAUUGACCAAUGCCUGGACAGGAUCCGUAAGCUUGCUGACCAGUGCACUGGUCUUCAAGGUUUUCUUGUAUUCCACUCAUUCGGUGGUGGUACCGGGUCCGGCUUCACUUCUCUUCUCUUGGAAUAUCUCUCAAGGGACUACGGAAAGAAGUCCAAGUUAGAAUUCGCCAUUUAUCCGGCGCCCCAGGUCUCCACCGCUGUCGUUGAGCCGUACAACUCCAUUUUGACGACCCACACCACCCUAGAGCACUCGGACUGCGCCUUCAUGGUCGACAAUGAAGCCAUCUACGAUAUCUGCCGCCGUAAUCUUGAUAUUGAUAGACCAACCUACACGAACCUGAACAGGAUAAUAAGCCAGGUCGUCAGUUCCAUUACUGCUUCUCUGCGAUUUGAUGGUUCUCUUAACGUUGACUUGACCGAGUUCCAGACGAACUUGGUACCCUAUCCUCGUAUCCACUUCCCAAUGGCAACCUAUGCGCCAAUCAUCUCAACUGAAAAGGCUUACCAUGAGCAGAUCACUACGGCAGACAUCACCAACUCUUGCUUCGAACCACAAAACCAAUUGGUCAAAUGUGACCCGCGUCAUGGCAAAUACAUGGCGUGUUGCUUGCUCUACCGAGGUGACAUCGUCCCCAAAGACGUGAACGCAGCGAUAGCCGCCAUCAAAAGCAAGAGGACUAUCCAGUUCGUCGAUUGGUGUCCGACAGGCUUCAAGGUCGGAAUAAACUACCAGCCUGCAACGGCCGUACCGGGAGGUGACUUGGCCAAGGUGCAGCGUGCUGUCUGCAUGUUGAGCAACACCACCGCCAUCGCAGAGGCUUGGGCUCGCCUUGAUCACAAGUUCGAUCUUAUGUACGCCAAGCGCGCCUUUGUCCACUGGUAUGUCGGUGAAGGUAUGGAGGAGGGCGAGUUCUCCGAGGCUCGCGAGGAUAUGGCAGCCCUAGAGAAAGACUACGAGGAAGUAGGCAUGGACUGUGCUGACGAAGAAGAAGAAGAAGAUGAUGAAUAUUAAUGAUGUGGGAAUGUUUCCUGAGGGAGCUUGGGGAAGGACAAGCCGUCAAGGCUGUUAAGGACAGUGGGUAUUAAUUAAGUCACAUCCAGAGCAGACACACGGCCGACAAUUCAUUUUUGAAGAACUAUCUUCGACUUCCUUUCCGGACGGAUACUUACCUAAACCUUUUCAUAGAUGUAACUAGCAGUUGUAUUUGAAAGAGCCCGUGAGAACAUCUUUUAAACACGAGUUUAUCAACUCUAAGAUAAGAACAACCACAAUAUAUAGUUGCAGGAAUUGACUUCUAAUUGCGUUUUAAUGCCAUGGCUGCAUGCUCUCAUCAACUCCAAACAUUGAUGUCCUAGAACUUUUGGAUCAGCUUCUCCGAUUAAACUGGU